AUGCCGCCGGGAGGCUCCGAGCCCCAGCACGGCAACGACGGCAGAAGCCAUCAAGGUCAAGACUCCGUCAAUCCACCAGUCGUUCGGGACGGCCGUACCCCAGAAACUGCCCUACUAUCCCCGGGUUUGCGCAACAAUCCUGACGAGGAAUUUCGGUACUUGGUCCGUAACAUAACCGCCGGACAGUGGCAACUGGUGAAUGCGGAAGAGGGCGAUAGUUCACCCAGUUGGGCUACGAAGUCAUUCACACAGAAACGCGUGAGCCCGUGGACUGGAGAUGUCAUCUCCCCAAUUUCCAGGUCGCGGAGGCCUUCACUCAUCAAUUGGAUGCCGUUGAGGAAGCAAGCCAUAACUACCAUGGGUCAACUCGAUCCCCUUCCCUGCCGCACCCGAUCAUGGAUUGGCAACUUCCCUCGCACCACUAGCCAGUCUAAGACAACGCCUACGUCUGGUCCAGAUGAACCGGUUCAAUUGGGCACCAGCGUCGAAUGGUUGGACCCGACACCUUUCAAGAUGAAGACAGAUUGCGCAGAAGACUCCCAUCUCUGCACCGUUGCUAGAUAUCCAUGGUGCAAUGAUCGUAGCCAUGGCGCGGCGACAAAUAGGCGGGACAAGGUGGGGAGGAAAUACGAUAGGCCCUUGUUGCGUAUCAGCUUGCCGGCGAACGAAGAGGAUAGGUUCUCCGAGAACCUGGAAAGUGUUCGUCUCUCCCUUCUCAACUAA